AUGUGCUGGGCUAGUGCCCGGCGUCCCCGGGGUGUUGCCGGUGGUCAUGAGACCCGCGCGGUCGACAACCAGCGCUCAGCGGCAGUCUUUCCUCCACCCACCACCCCACACGACCGACUCGCCCCACAGGCUCAGCAGAACAACCCAAUUGAUCCGAUGGCUGACCCUCAAGUGUUGAGCAUGCCCACCAAGUGGGUCUGUCUGAUAGACGGCGGCCAGGAUGAUGAUUUCGAAGGAUUCUUUUCGUUGAUUGAACAGUUCACUGGUCGGAAAAUGGUCCCUGUACCCGCUCACAUGCUUCAGCUCAUCGGACUUGUUGUUCACCCGAUGUUCUGCCUACGCUCACAUGUACCAGCAAGUCACGCCGACCCUAUCGUGGUGAGCGGAAAGAAGGUAGCUGGGAGAGCAUGGAGUUUUCUGGAUCUGUUCCUCAAAACGAGUGGACCAGACAAUUUCUUGAGGUGUUUGCCCGGUUACAACAAUAGCAAGUCAGCCGACCUGGAGGUGAUUCCGAAGGAAAGUUUCAAAAAUCAAGAUCAUCAACCGAUCGUCAGACGUCUAAUAGAUGCAUCAAAUAUCUGGGAAAUCCUCUUGACUUUCGACGAAUCAUCAAAACAAACUAUCAGUCCCGGUGCCUGGGACUUGCUCGAUCUACUCAUCACGGCCUGGGAGAUCGACUUCAAAAAUCAAGGGGUUCCCGAAAUUCAAACCGAAAACUCAAAAGGCUCCACUACGAAGGGAGGCAAGAUAUGCUUUCCUCAUUUCCUCAGACAGCUGGGUGACGCGCCCGCGGAAGGGUUCCGAAUAGACUCGCGAGUAUACGAUAUCAUAUUCGAACCUUUCGGUCGAAACUCUGCCUCCCCUGAUUAUUCUUGGGGCUGUGCCACCAACUCACUUGCUCGCGCCCAGGAGCUGUCAAUCCGUCUCCUCCAUCUGCUCGACCGACUGGAUGGGAUUCAAUUGCUAGAGCCGGGCCGAUUGAGGGAGGAUAUCGUCAUCCGGAUGCUCGGUCUUGAAACAACCGACUUGCACGUAUUUGUUAAUAUUUUACCCGCCGAUCACCUACUCCGAACCCGGCUCCUGUCGCGUUUCCUCGAGUCUGUUACACGAUCAGUACCUACGGCACUGACAGGAUUCGCCCUAUCGAACUCUCAAAGCUCCACAGUGAGCUUGUCACCCGGUCGAUCUGGUUUAACUAGGUCUACCAGCGCUACAGGACUUCGCCGGACGCCAUCCCGAACGGCUCUGAAGUUUGAUGAUCGUCACCCACAAUCUUCGAUCCUUAAUUCCAAGCCACAAGUCAUCUCUUUAUCAUCCCUGAUCACCCAACUCUUGCCACGCCCAUUGCUCGACAUCCCAGCAACAACCACAAGGCAAAGCUCGGCUAGCUCAAAACUCGACCCCACGGUGCUUGUGAAUGCCGAGUCGCGUUAUUUCUCCGUCCUGAGUGUCAUCUUGGGCUCUUUGUUGGCGAUCCAUCAGUCCAAGACCGGUAGCGAAAUCGAUCAGGAUGGGCUAAGUCUCGUCAAACAAGGCAAACUCCGAUCAGCCAUCCAAACUGUCUUCGAUUCUGUUACUGAAGCCUUGGGUGAUAAGUUGGAUUCUCUCGAUGAUCAAAAAACCUUCAGAACACUCCUGCAUCGUAAAGUCAAUCGCACUAUCAAAGCUUUCGAACAUCUCGCUUCCAAAUCACCUCCAACAAUCAGUUAGACAGGAAAAGUAAAUCGUAUUUACCGAUGUGAAAAAAAAAAUAUACCAAACCUCUUGAUUAAUUUUCCUUUGUAUUUGUGAUUUGUGUGUCUUUUGAAAGCAUUGGAUUGAUUAAAUAUCCCCUCAUAUCCCACAUUCUCCUCCUUGCAACUCCUGCAAAGUGACAUAGUACUCACUUUUAUU